GCUGGCGCUAUUGUACCAAAGGGAGCGAGUCCUCCAGCGUCCAGUGAAGCAGCUGUUAACUUCCCCAGGACAACAGCAGUCUGUCUAAAAAAAUAAAAAAAAAAACAGCAGCUUGUCUGCUCCCAGCUGGACAGAGAUGGGCUCCAGGUUACCGCCAGCAGCGCUCUCUUUAAAGCAGUUCCUACAGAGGCAGAAGGUUCUGGGAGUUUACAGAAGCAUGCUGAGGACCAUCCGCCAAGUUCCGGGCGAGGCGGACAGGAAGUACCUGAGAGACUGGGCCAGGGAGGAAUUCAAGAGGAACAAGAACGCCACCAACCAGGAUGCAAUCCGCAUGAUGAUCACACAGGCCACCAACCACCUGGAGGAGCUGCAGAAGUCUCUGUCGCUGGCAAGAAGCUGACCUCUGCGUUCUUCAGGAGUGUUCUUUACUUUUCUUCAGUGAAGAAAAUCAGGAAUUCAGUUUGACUGACAAAGGGCCACCUAGUGGCCCUUUGUGUUCAUGACGUCCAUGUACAGGCCAGUGCAGCAUCUGCCAAUCAGGUAUUUCAUGUAAAUUAAAAAGGCAAUAAAGGAACUAUCGCACA